AUAUAAACCCUGCAGAAUAUUCUCUUUGAAGUUAAUCCUGCCAGCACGUAACAUUGCCGCUGCUCUGAAGCGCUGAUUCAAAAAGAAUACAACAGAAUGGCUUCCCGACCCAAAGGUUUCGGAAUGACUGCCGAGUUAGCACGAAAGAAAGACGCCAAAUACGAUCCGGAAUUGGAUGCACAAAUAAGAGGCUGGAUCAAUCAAGUUAUUGGUGAACAAGUUCUUAAACCCGAACCGGAUGCAAAAGAUUUCCAUGAGUCCCUGAAGGAUGGAGUAAUUUUAGUCAAUCUGGCCAAUGCACUUGGAGGAAAGAUCAAAGGAAACCAAUCAAAAAUGGCUUUCAAAAUGAUGGAGAACAUCGGAAAGUUUCUAGAAUUCUGUGACUCUUUGGGAGUGCCCAAAACUGACGUGUUCCAGACUGUUGACUUAUACGAAGGCCAGAACAUCCCUCAGGUGAUCAAUGGAUUACAUGCUUUAGCCCGAAAGGCAUACUCGUCAGGCAUGCCUGUACCUCAGCUGGGACCCAAAGAAGCCACGGCCAACAAACGCGAAUUUACUGAGGAGCAGCUUAGGCAGGGUGAGCACGUGAUCGGGCUUCAAAUGGGGUCAAAUAAAGGAGCCUCACAGGCAGGAGACCAUUUUGGCCGUCCCAGGCAGGUGGCUGGUGCAAAUGUGUACAAAUGAGCUCCAUAUCGAACUCAUGUUGAAUUCACAACGCGGACUUGUGAGAGAGUACAACUUAAAUUAGGAAAUGAAGAGACUUCCACGUAAAUUGCGAACACGAUCGUUUCGCGUAAUCGUUGAUUUUCUAGACUUGCUGAGAAACAGACGUCCUUUUGCGGUUUUAUAAAUUGUAUCGAAGAAAUAGUUUUGUAGCAGGUUGUAGUUUUAGACGAAUAAACUCUUUGGCUUGUCACUGAC